GACGGUGGCCCGCGGAGGACAAUAGGCUUGCGGAGCGGAGGCAAGGUGUAGUGAGUGAGUCGCAGGUGCUGUAACUACGAGUCCGAGGGCGGCCGGGCUGCAGGGACAUGGCAGCUGCCUCUGUGGUGUCGGUGCUGCUCUUGGCGGCGGAGAGGAGCCGGUGGCAGCGAGUCCCAAGUUUGCUGCUGCUGCCCAGUGGAUGGACUUGGAAGCAAAGAACCAUGAAGUAUGCAACAUCCACAGGACGAAAUAUUAACAAGAUCCUCAUUGCAAACAGAGGAGAAAUUGCCUGCCGGGUGAUACGAACAGCCAAAAAAAUGGGUGUACAGUCUGUGGCAGUUUAUAGUGAGGCAGACAGGAAUUCCAUGCAUGUAGACAUGGCAGACGAAGCAUAUUCCAUCGGUCCCGCUCCCUCACAGCAAAGCUACCUUUCUAUGGAGAAGAUCAUUCAAGUGGCCAAGGUCUCUGCUGUGCAGGCUAUCCAUCCAGGAUAUGGUUUUCUUUCAGAAAACAUGGAAUUUGCCGAACUAUGUAAGCAAGAAGGAAUUAUUUUUAUAGGUCCUCCUUCAUCAGCAAUUAGAGACAUGGGUAUAAAGAGCACAUCCAAAUCCAUAAUGGCUGCCGCUGGAGUGCCUGUUGUGGAAGGUUACCAUGGUGAGGACCAGUCAGACCAGUGCCUGAAAGAGCAUGCUGGGAGAAUCGGUUAUCCGGUCAUGCUUAAAGCCGUCCGUGGUGGAGGAGGGAAGGGUAUGAGGAUCAUAAGAUCCGAAAAAGAAUUUCAAGAGCAGUUGGAAUCAGCACGGAGAGAAGCUAAGAAGUCUUUCAAUGAUGAUGCUAUGCUGAUUGAGAAGUUUGUGGACACACCGAGGCAUGUAGAAGUCCAGGUGUUUGGUGACCACCAUGGCAACGCUGUGUACUUGUUUGAAAGAGACUGUAGUGUACAGCGGAGACAUCAGAAGAUCAUUGAGGAGGCCCCAGGGCCUGGCAUUAAACCUGAAGUAAGAAAAGCACUUGGAGAAGCUGCAGUCAGAGCUGCUAAAGCUGUAAACUAUGUUGGUGCAGGAACUGUGGAGUUUAUUAUGGACUCAAAGCACAAUUUCUACUUCAUGGAGAUGAAUACAAGGCUGCAAGUGGAACAUCCUGUUACUGAGAUGGUCACAGGAACUGACUUGGUGGAAUGGCAGCUUAGGGUUGCAGCAGGAGAGAAGAUUCCUUUGAGCCAGGAAGAAAUAACUCUGCAGGGCCAUGCCUUUGAAGCUAGAAUAUAUGCAGAAGAUCCUAAUAAUAACUUCAUGCCAGGAGCUGGACCAUUAGUGCAUCUCUCUACCCCUCAAGCCGACCUUUCCAUAAGGAUUGAAACUGGUGUACGGCAAGGAGAUGAAGUUUCCAUGCAUUAUGACCCAAUGAUUGCAAAGCUGGUUGUGUGGGCUGCAGAUCGCCAGGCAGCCUUAACGAAACUGAGGUACAGCCUUCGACAGUACCAUAUCGUUGGACUGCACACCAACAUUGACUUCCUUCUCAGCCUUUCUGGCCACCCAGAGUUUGAAGCUGGGAAUGUGCACACUGAUUUCAUCCCUCAACAUCGAAAAGAACUAUUGCCCGGUCGGAAGGCCACAGCCAAAGAGUUUUUAUGCCAGGCAGCUCUGGGUCUCAUCCUCAAGGAGAAAGCUAUGUCUGAUAUUUUCAAAACUCAGACACAAGAUCAGUAUUCUCCUUUUGCAUCCAGCAGUGGAAGAAGACUGAAUAUCUGUUACACCAGAAACAUGACUCUUAAGGAUGGUAAAAACAAUGUAGCCAUAGCUGUAACAUAUAACCGUGAUGGGUCAUAUAGCAUGCAGAUUGAAGAUAAAACUUUCCAUGUCCUUGGUGAUCUUUACAGCGAGGGAGACUGCACGUACCUGAAAUCUUCUGUUAAUGGAGUUGCCAGUAAAACUAAGCUAAUUAUCCUGGACAACACUAUUUACCUAUUUUCCAUGGAUGGAAAUACUCAGAUUGGCAUUCCAGUCCCCAAAUACUUGUCUUCAGUGAGCUCAGAAGGAACCCAGGGAGGUGCCAUAGCUCCUAUGACUGGAACCAUUGAAAAGGUGUUUGUGAAAGCUGGAGACAAAGUGAAAGCUGGAGAUUCUCUGAUGGUUAUGAUCGCCAUGAAGAUGGAGCAUACCGUGAAGGCGCCAAAGGAGGGCACCAUCAAGAAAGUGCUCUACAGAGAAGGUUCUCAGGCCAACAGACACGCUCCUUUAGUCGAGUUUGAGGAGGAAGAAUCUGACAAAAGGGAAGCAGAAUAAACUCCAUCAAAGAAAUGGCCAAUAUCUCUACACCAAAAAGAGAAAGUGCCUUCCUGCUUUUCUCUGGGUCUAAAGACCAGCACCUUUACUAAAUGACUGUAUGAUUGUGCUUAAAACUGUUUCAUAUUUAAGAAUCAUGCACUUGGGUCACAAAUACAAUAAAUUAUCUGAAAAUAUUUUAUAUUAAUAAGAUUAAACUGUACUUUUUAUUGGAAGC